AGGGGCAGAGGAAAAGCAGGGGGAAGCUGGCACUGCGAUAAUCCUGGACUCUAAGCUGCAUUACUGUGCAAGGACACCCAUGCGUGGUCGAUAAGCAGUCUGAAGGAUGAGUUUCCUUGCUGAUGGAAUGCCUUUGGCCUCAGUCGUGAAUGAGGGAAUAUUAGGCACAGGAAUCAGUAUCAAAGAAGAGCUCAGCGAAGAUAUUUCCAAGGAUAUUUGUUUAGAAAUUAAAGAAGAACAGCUCGAUUACGCAGAUCAUGAGAGAGACGAAGUGAGCGACGUGAAAGUGAAACAUGAGUGUCUUUUCUUUCAUAAUCUUCAUGACCAAAGGCAUGAAGCAGAUGCAAAGGACUCGUGUGACUUGGUUCAGGAUCAUAGUGACGUGUUAACAGUGCCAUUAGUGGCUGAGGAUUGUUGGAACAACAGUUCACCAGAAGGGGAUCAGGCGAUACAUAAGAAAAGUCUUAGGGAUACAGAACCAGAAGUGGAACCGACGCUGAAACGUCUUGUAUGCGAGGCGUGCGGCAAGAAAUUCUCUAAAAGGAGAUAUCUCAAUAUUCACAUGAGAGUCCACACAAAGGAGAAGCCCUACAUAUGUGAUAUUUGCGACAAGGGCUUCCCAUCCAAAAACAAUCUAGUAAAGCAUAUCAGAGUACAUACAAAGGAAAAGCCAUACAGCUGUGAAAUCUGCAACAAGGCCUUCUCGGAGAAAGGUCCUCUAGUAACGCACAUGAGAAUACACACAAAGGAGAAACCGUUCAGCUGUGAGAUUUGCAACAAGGCCUUCUCACAUAAAAAUAGUCUUGUUAGGCACACGAGAGUACAUACAAAGGAGAAACUAUACACUUGUGAGAUUUGCAACAAGAACUUCUCACAUAGAGAUAGCCUAAUUAGGCAUAUGAGUGUGCACGCAAAGGAGAAGCCAUUCAACUGCGAUAUUUGCCUUAAGGCCUUCCCUUCCAAAAGCGUUCUAGCAAGGCAUAUCAAAGUACAUACAAGGGAGAAGCCAUAUAGCUGUGAGACCUGCAGCAAGGUCUUCCCAGAAAAAGGUCACCUGGCAACACAUAUGAGAGUACAUACAAAAGAGAAGCCAUACAGCUGUGAGGUUUGCAACAAAGCCUUUUCGCAUAAAAUCAAUCUAGUUAUCCAUGUGAGAGUACAUACAAAGGAGAAGCCAUACAGCUGCGAGGUUUGCAGCAAGGCCUUCUCACAUAAAUCUAAUCUAGUUAUCCACAUGAGAGUACACACAAAAGAGAAGCCGUAAGGCUAUGAAGCUUUUUAUGAAACUGUUACCUAAUGCAAAAUCCUUAUACAAAACUGUUACCUAAUGCAAAAUCUUUUCACGAAACUGUCACCAGGUGCCAAGUACGAGAGAACGCCCAAAAGAGGGGCCAAACAGAGGUGAGAUUUGCAACGGGAAAAAUAGAAAGCUAAUCGGUUGAGCCAGUUGAGGGUACAUGCAAAGGAGAAUCCCUACCGAUAUACAGUAGUACAAAUAAAGGAAAAGCCUCAUCUCUGCGAGGUUUGAAACAAAGGCCUUGUCACAGAAGGUGAGAAGAGAUAAGGUUGAGAAUUUGUUUUCUCAGAGGAAAUGUGGGUCAUACUGGUACACACAAACCAGAACCAUACAGAUAUUCACUUGACCUUAUAUCUCUGAGGUCUAGAGACAUGCUUUCACUCAGAGAAGACAGCUCGUGGGCAACGCGAACUGCAUCGAAGAGCAUAUCUUAUCUAAGAGGAGCACUCUUUCCCUUAACAUUUUUGGGGAAGAAUUGCCCGAAAUUUUGGUGGAUAUCAUUUUCCGAUUUAUGCACGUGAUGUGUAAUUCUUGCCCGGCAUAAUGAACUUUCAAGUGUAUUUAAGUGUCCAUGGAUUUUUUUUGUUCAAGUAAACUCAUGUCUGCUGUUGCUAAUUAUAUAAAUAUGUAUGUGUUUGGUUGAGUGUAUAUGAAUAUAUAUGUAUAUGUAUGUCUAUGUGUGUGUGUAUGAAUAUAUAUUAAAUAAAGUAGUUUUAUAAUUGAAUUCCCUCACAUAAGUAAAUGAAUGUUUGAGUUUUUUUUUUCAAGUUUUGUAAUAAUUAUUAUUGAUAAAUAUUAUGAUCUGAAAAUACAAAGGUAUUAUAUAGUACAAUAACGAGAUAGAAUUGCCAGAUGUAAAUAAUGCUGAGCCAGCGGUCUCGAACUGGAACUUGGAGGUGAGACGCACGGUCUUGCGGCAUUUUGGAUUAUGGUUCAGCUGCUACUCUAAUGUGGAUCAUAUACAAAGUACUAAUAUGAUUAUUUGAUGAUUAAUACAAUGAUUGGUAUACAUUGAUACGUUAUACUUAAGCAUUUGUGGGUCUUAAAUGUUUCCGAUCGUUUUUCUGAUGACCAGAUUUUUCAAUCAACAUUCUUAAUGAUUUACAUCAAAAUAUUACAUUAAUAAAUCAUAUUGAUUUAAUUUUUCCGAUUUAUUAGAGGGAAGUCCCCUUCAGUACUAACUUGUGUGUCAUUUAGGCACAUUUUCUUUUUGUUAAGUGCAAGGAAUAAUUUCACCGAUCUGUGUGUUAACAUUUCUAUGUUGCUCUUUGGUCUUUGCCAGAGGGCAUGGAGUAUUUCCUUUUAAAAAUACAUUUGUAGACCUG